AUGGCCGAGUCAAAUAUCGAAGCAUUGAAACAGGCUGAAACACCAGCAACUGAGUGGCACGGUUUCGAACGUUAUCAGGUUCAUAUCAUCAGUGCAGUCCCAGACAUACCCACCCCAUUGUCGUUUCACUGCCAAUCGAAAGACGACGAUCUUGGAUACAAUUCUCUGAAAAAUGGUGCGGAAUUCCGUUGGAGUUUUAGGAUGAAUUUCUUGGAACGUACUCUCUUCUUCUGCCGAUUCCAGUGGAAUUCAAAGGACACCAGCUUUGAUGUUUUCAACAAGCAUUUAGUACCUUAUUGCGAAACACCAGAUCUGCCUUAUAUGUGUGUCUGGGUAGUAAAACCAGAUGCUUUCUAUCUCGGAAAUAGUGACUCGAAUCUGACACAGUUGCAUACCUGGUGA